CGAAUUCCAUUGUAUCAACAAAUUUACACUAUUCAAGACUACUCAAAUACUCUUACAAUUUGUCAGACUUGCUGUCAACAUACUUCGGUAUGGAGGCGUUGUGAUGACGUCUCGACGGAAGCAACUCCGCUCACUAACUAUAUCAAUACCCUAUCUUUCCCCCCCGGUUCCCCCGCUUCCAGUUUACACCCAUCAAUACGUGUUUUUUCAAUCGAGUCAUUCGCACAACAUGGAGCCUCUAACCCUUAUAUCCGCGACCCCUUCUCCCUUCGCACGCAUGAACCGGAUCGCGCUAGCUCUCAAAUCCAUUCCCUUCACCCUCAAGAACGAGAUACCGUGGGAAUCGGACACCGAGACGCCGAAAUACAACCCCCUUGAAAAGCUUCCUAUUCUGGUCUUCCCCGAUUCAGAUGGCAGACCCCCAGUUUAUGACAGUGCACACAUUCAAGAGUACAUUGUCCGGAAAUAUGACGAUAAGAGCCCGAAGCUCAUUACCGGGGAUGUCGAUCUGGAUCUUUCGAUUCGACAGAUCGUUGUGUUGAGCGAGGGUUGUCUUGAUGCGAUCGUUCUGCUUCGAUGGGAGGGUCGUCGCGACUCGUCCAAGCAAAGUCAACUUUGGCUUGACCGCCAAAACCGUAAGCUGGAUGGCGCGAUGCGUGCUUUCAACGACAUGGUGCAAGAGCGCAAGAACGAUGGCAAAGGAUAUCUAGUGGGUGAGGAAUUGACGAUUGCGGAUAUCGCGGUCGUUUGUACCGUUGGGUUUAUUGAUUUUGGAGAGCUGCGACCGCAGUGGAAAGAGAAAUAUUCGACGCUGAGAGAGUGGUUUCAGAGGCUGGAUGAGAGAAAGGAGUUUGCUGAAACAAGACCUGUCAUGUUUGAUUUGAAGGAGACGGUUGUUUGAAAGGGCAAAGUCUAUCAAAGCAGGCUCUAAAUCGUCG